GAGCCUUGUUCUUGAGUGUCUUAGUGUUGUAAACACGUUUAUGGAAGCUUGUUUCCCUUGGUUGUACGAAGGAAAGGUAUUUUUCCUUCGGGUUGAAGUCUUGGAGUGCGGUAUCUCCGAGCAAGUGUUGUUGAGGCUCGUGGGACUCGAGUUCUCAGGUUGUAACGGUUUGUUAAGCACCCGUAAGCUUAACGGAAGUAGUGUAGCUCGAGAGAGUCUCUCGGGAGGCUGGAUUAGCCACAAGUUGUGGUGAACAAGGGGAUUGGAGAAGGUCAAUCAACUACACGGCCACCUCUUUUUGAUGGAACCAAUUAUACAUAUUGGAAAGAACGAAUGAGAAUCUAUAUUCGUUCCAUGAACUUCCAAUUAUGGUUGGUUAUCAAAAACGGGGAAGAGGUGCCGAUGAAGAAAGUCGGAGACAAGUUGAUCCCCAAGACCGAAGACGAGUUUGAUGCCGAGGACAUCAAAAAGGUCGAGAAUUAUGCAAAGGCAAUAAAUAUGCUUUAUUGUGCCGUAAAUCCUGAUGACUACCGCAAGAUCUCCUGCUGCUCAACCGCCAAGGAGAUGUGGGAUAAACUUGAGGUGACGUACGAAGGAACGGACCAAGCCUCCAAGAAGAAGGGUAACGCCGAAGCGAUGACCUCAGCGCUCCCGCCGUUUCCCUACCUGGACAGCUCUUUCCUCGAGUUUGGGUCGGAGGAGGAGCUCACCCGGUUUCUCUCGCACUUCGCCAAGCGUCCUAUCUCUCCGCCCAGGGUGCUGCCCGAGUUAUACCCUCAACAAAAGGGGUACCACGACCUCGACAAUCAACUCAAAGAAUCGGGUUUGUGUUCGUUCGUCUCCAGGAGCCGUCAGUCCUAUAAUCCCGCCUAUGUCCGGGCCUUCUACUCCAAUCUCCGCCGGGACGGGGACACCAUUCGCAGUAGCAUCAAUCUCUACGACAUCGCAACAUAUGGCGGCGAUGAUUGGAUUCUCAACAACGAGGCGGUGGUCAUCCGUGAGCUUGGGAUCACCAACCUCAUCCGUCACAGCGGCGCACCAACAAUCCACUCAGCCCCGCCGGAGAAGCGUCUUCUUCUCUACAUCCUCACCCAGAUUCUUUGCCCCCGGGACGGUAGCCACACAUGUCUCUUCAACGAGGAUCUCAAGGCGGUUCAUGCUAUCACCCAUGGCGCCUCGAUCAAUUGGGCAAAAUACGUCAUGAUUCACAUGGCGGAUUGCGCCUCCAUCGCCACUGAGCGGAGCUUGCCAUACGCCUUCCUCGUCAUGGACCUCAUCAUCUCCGCCGACAUCUCCAUCGCCGGCCCGGAUAUGAAGAUGACAAAGAUUUGGAUAAUUCAAGACAGCACCUUCCGGAAGAAGUCCGGAGACCGGGACGGCACAGGCCCAAGUCGUGCACCAGCCCCCGCUCCCGCCAAGGCCUCUUUGCAAUCCAUAGCCGAUACUCUGAAUCGGCUAACCCUCACAGUGGAUGGCAAGGGGCACACUUUCCUCGGCCAAAACUAUGAAGGCGAGGACGAGGAGGAUAACUCCUAUGCUCCAUCCUCCUCCCCCGAUGAGGCCGACUUUGAAGAUGCGGUCGAUGGCGAUCCCAUGGACGUCGAGGACGACGAGGAUGACGACGAGGACGCCGAUGCUUAGACUUUUCUUUUCUCUUCUUACUAUGAUUGGAAGCUUGUUUCCCUUGGUUGUACGAAGGAAAGGUAUUUUUCCUUCGGGUUGAAGUCUUGGAGUGCGGUAUCUCCGAGCAAGUGUUGUUGAGGCUCGUGGGACUCGAGUUCUCAGGUUGUAACGGUUUGUUAAGCACCCGUAAGCUUAACGGAAGUAGUGUAGCUCGAGAGAGUCUCUCGGGA